GUAGACUCUAGACUAGUCUAGACCCAUAUCUAGACUGAUUUAAGUUCAUUUUAUAAAAUAUUAUAUACACCUGGUAUAUUUGCAGACACACACACACACAAAUUACAAAGAUAUCACAUCAUAUCAAUAUUAAGCGCAUGAUUAAACCAAACGCCUAUAAAUCUAAAAAUUAAGAUUAGAGAGGAAAUCCACAAUGUUUUCUAGCAAACAUGAAGCCCCGCUCAACUUAUCCAGAGAAGAAGUUUUUCUCAAUGGCAAAGACAAGUCCGUGAUAUGGACCAGCCCCGCCCAUUCUGUUCCCAUUUACCCAAGUUGGCAGGAGCUUAGGGCUGUACGCUUUAACCCCAGACUCACACGCACAGACAACAUGGCCGCCCUGGCGGAGGAGGACUGGACCAGGUACCAGGUGCAGGAGCACACGCCCAGUGGACUGUAUGGACAUUCCGUCGGCACACAGCCCUCAGGUGUCCCCAGUCUGCGCCUCAAUGGCUACACUCGCCACCUCCAGGGGACACCACCCCGGGAUAUUUUCCUCUACAGGUGGCCCAAGGCUGAUGGAUGGAUGCCCCCAGCACGGGCCCCCAGGGGAGAGUACUACUCGUACUACCACGAAGCUCUCGAGGCGGAGAGGUUUAUGAGGAGUCGGCUGCUGCCCAUGAGAGAAAAACUCUCAGCUUUUGAUGUGCCAAGAAUAACAUCACUCAACUGUCGACAGGUGCAUCAUGAUGUUGAUGUCACUCUAGGUGGUGGGCUGUCAUAAGGAGUCGAUCUAUCCAACAUCAGGCCCUCUCAGUUUCCCUGAGGUUAUCACAUCAACAUCCCAAGAUUGUCUCAACAUCCCCAAUGGCAACAUGUCUCAACAUCCUGGCAGCAUAUCUCAACAUCCCCAACAUGUCUCAACAUCCUGGCAACAUGUCUCAACAUCCCCAAUGGCAACAUGUCUCAACAUCCUGGCAACAUGUCUCAACAUCCUGGCAACAUGUCUCAACAUCCCCAAUGGCAACAUGUCUCAACAUCCUGGCAGCAUAUCUCAACAUCCCCAACAUGUCUCAACAUCCUGGCAACAUGUCUCAACAUCCCCAAUGGCAACAUGUCUCAACAUCCUGGCAACAUGUCUCAACAUCCUGGCAACAUGUCUCAACAUCCCCAAUGGCAACAUGUCUCAACAUCCUGGCAGCAUAUCUCAACAUCCCCAACAUGUCUCAACAUCCUGGCAGCAUGUCUCAACAUCCCCAACAUGUCUCAACAUCCUGGCAACAUGUCUCAACAUCCCCAAUGGCAACAUGUCUCAACAUCCUGGCAACAUGUCUCAACAUCCUGGCAACAUGUCUCAACAUCCCCAA